AUGCUGUGUGCCUGGCUCCAGCAACUCAUGCUUGUGCUCUUUGGGCUCGAAGUCGAUCCUCGCAUCCUGGCGCGAUGCAAGGCUUCCAAUGACAGUACCGCUUUAGUACAGGCCAUGCAUUUAUGGGAUGCCUUUGUCUCAAGCUUGGCAACUCUAGCUUCCAUUGAUGGUAUCAUUGUGGAGUCGACACAAGAAUCCCAAGAGGGCUUGUUCCAACGAUUUGCAUCACUUUGUAUUGUGGCCGAGAAAGUAUGUGGACAAGAGGCUCUCUCUCUCGCUUCACAACAUGGCAAACAAGUGGAUCUUUCCGUGGACUUGUUAGAACAACCGGAAAUUGUGGACCUGUUGCAACGCUUCGGUCAUGGUGAUGCAUUGGCCACGUCUGUAUACCCCGUGGUGGAUAUGCCCGAAGAAGCAAACCAGGUUUGGCUUGCACAAGGCCAUUAUGCAGACCGGCCCAGCCGGCCUCUAGCCUACGUUGCCCAAGUGGACCCACCGAUCGCUAUUCCACACAGAUUCGUGGGGCAGAAUUUGCCCUCUACGUCGUCCUACAGAGCAUCUCUUAAUGAUGAACAGGUGCGCGAGGUUUCUGCCGUGCCAUUCCUUUGCUUGGCACGUUUGUACCGAGCACUCGAGAUCCUACGAGAGUGUGCUCGAUGGACGCGUGUGCUUCGCGGCGCGGAAAACGAUACUAGCAAAAGACCAGUCUGCACCCUUCGGCUCGAGCCACGCAUGGCAGAGGGCACAUGCCGGUUGCGGCUACAUACCACCGCAGCACAUGCUCCAACCACUAUGAUUAAUGCCACCUUAUGGCCCAUGCUGACAAAUGGGACCGGAUGGGCCUGGGAGGCGGAAGCGAUGCGCUGGGAUGGUACGCUGAUUGGGUCGACCAGGUCGAACGAUCUAACGCCGGCUGAUGAGAUGCAAUGGCCUGACAAUCUCGUGCUGACGCGUAUCAGAGACAUACUAGAUGCAUGGGCAGGCACAUGGUAG